AUGAGUUACCAAGAUGGUGAAAAACUCGAAUGUGAAAAACCCGAAUGUGAAGAAUGUAAAAAACUCAAUGAAGAAUGUGAAAAAUGUGAAGAAUGUGAAAAACUCAAAUGUGAAAAAUGUAAAAAACUUGAACGUGAAAAGAAUUGGUUUACAAUUAUUAAAUGGAUUAUGAGAGUAAUAUCUAUUGGGAUUUUGUUGAGCGUUUUAAUCAUUUUUUCACUAGAGGUAGCUAAUGAUUUACCAACUGUGAGGAAUGAAUAUGUUCAGAUUUCAAAAUUUCCUGCUCCACCUACUUUUACUGAAGAUAAUGGACGAUAUACUGGGAAAUCUGAUCCAAAGGAUCUCACCUUUCCUAGUAAUCAAUCAUCAAAAGGAUUAAAAAGAAUCCUUUUUAAAUUUAAUGUUAUUAAUGAUACUAUUGUAGAUGGUGGCAUUCCAGCGUUUACUAUUAAUAUAUUUGACUCAGUAAAUAAAACAAUGGCAGAUGAAAUGUAUAAUCAAGCUGUAAUAGAUAAAUAUUUUGAAAGUUCAACCCUUUUUACUACAUCAAACUUCCGAAAAAAUAGGUAUUUCCUGGGUCGCAAUAUCAAAUAA